CUUGACAAUCACCCUCAACACGGCACAACCUCCUCACUUCCCUCUCUUUACACUUAUUUCACUCAAAAGUCACUUCCAGCACGGCCGUUCACCUUUGCGUGCACAAUGCCCCGGUGCUGGCCCACCUUCCGCUUCCGCUCCGGGAACGGAGCGGUGAGCCCCACAAAGCCGGAAGAACUACCGGAUAACCGGUCCACACACUCCGGCUCCGACUCCAGCUCCGGCUCCGGCUCCACCACGGAAGCCGAAGCCGAAGCCGAACAUCAGCCGGUGGCCGAAGGACAGGAUAAAAAGAAAAAGAAGAUGAAGAAAGACAAGAAGAUGAGGAAGAAAAUCCAUAAGGACGAGGAAGACACCAAGACUGAGUCCAAGGCGAGCGAAGACAAGGAUGAUGACAAGAAAGACAAGAAGCAAAAGGUGCCUGUGGGAUCCGUGAGCGAGGCCAAGCACAUCUACAAGGGCGCGUCCGACGACGACGGCAAUUGGACUUGGGUGGACAAAUAUCCCGACGAUGUCGAGGAGGCGGCCGAGAACGAGGAGACAGCGACAUACGCAGUCGUGGUGCGCAACCAAAAGAGCAACGACAGCCGCAAGAAGCUCGAAGCACACAGCAUCAUCGUGCAAAGCCCGCAACUUAGGGCCGCGCUUUCUGAAAUCCUCGCUAACUAUCCUGGUGUUGCCUGUGAGCUCACGCGGCUCGAGUUUGAGGCGCCCUUCAAGCCGUUCGUGCAUCGAUGGACCGAGUUUACAAAGUACCUCGAGAAGCCAGAUCUCGACGACAAGACCAAGGAGCAUAUGAAGCUGCUCUCGGACAUCUUGAACUACGAGAUUGGCGACAAGGUCAAGGCAUCCCAGGACUACGUGCGGAACGGCGUCGUGUCAUUCGAGGACUUGUGGAUGAUCUUCCAGCCCGGCACCGUUGUGUUGUCCGAGUACAAUGGGCCCCUCAGCGCCUUUGAGAUGGUCGAGACUGAGUACAUGCAGAACAAUCUGACCGGCAAAUUCCUCCAGGUGCGCUGCGACUGCGUCGACUAUGGCGGCAAAGAGUUUGGCCGCUUCCAAGAGGAAAUCAACAUUCGGAAGUACAUCGGCACCAAGAAGAUCACGGGGCUGAAGGUGUACCCCCUGCAGUUCCACCCGGAUAAGGAGACGAUCUCGGUCAACUUGACCAAACGGGGUGAAAUCUUUGAGCAGCUGGCUGGCCACCAUUACAAGCAGUACGAGGGCAAGGCAAUUAACUGGGACCGCGACGGCAACGAGAUUGAGUGCCAGGUCACGGGACGCAUUGUUGUCGACAUUGACAGCUUCAACCGCUUCAGCCCCUGGCGCGUGCGCUAUCUUAACGAGUGGCACGCCGACGACCUCGAGCGGUUCAGCAAACACAAGGAAAAGAUGGGCCUCCCGGAUGACAAAUUCAUCCUGCCCCCUUACUACCAAAUGCUCUGCCGUUCUCGCACACGAGGCUAUUCGCUCCGCUUCAAAAAGUGGCUGGAUUUCUUCAUCGACCAGAUCUCCGAGGUGACGUGGAACAGCAACGCCUUCGACAGGCUGGUACUGCCGCCUGACCAAAAGGAGCUGAUCUUAUCCUUCUCCGAGUCGCAGCUCGCGGGGAGCAGCUUUGACGACGUGAUUUCCGGCAAAGGAAAGGGCAUCAUCUGCCUGCUGUCGGGCCCGCCAGGCGUGGGGAAGACGCUCACGGCGGAGGCGGUGGCCGAGAACCUCAAGGUACCGCUUCACGUGCUGAGCUCGGGCGAUCUGGGCUCGGACCCGUGGGAGGUGGAGCGUGAGCUGCAGUCGAUCCUGGAGUUGGUGGCGCGGUGGAAGGCGAUCCUGCUGCUCGACGAGUGCGACGUGUUCCUCGAGGCGCGCAGCACGCACGAGCUCGAGCGCAACAAGGUCGUGUCCAUCUUUCUGCGCACCCUCGAGUACUAUGAGGGUAUCAUGUUCAUGACGACCAACCGCGUGGAGGACAUUGAUGCUGCCUUUCAGUCACGCAUCCACGUCAGCAUCGAGUACCCGGAUCUAACGGCGGCCUCGCGCCGCGCCAUCUGGAAGAAUUUCCUCGCCGGGUCGUCCCUCAAGAGCUCGCUCAACGAUAAAGAUGUGGCUGAGCUCGCCGAGCUCAAGCUCAACGGCAGGCAGAUCAAGAAUGUUCUGAAGGCGGCGCAGCUGCUGGCGGCCAGGAAGAAGAGUGAGACGCUUGACAGGAAGUACAUUGAGACGGUGCUCGUCAUUGAGAAGAAGCGACCGGGGGCGCCGCAGCAGAUGAUGCAUUAUCUGUGAUUGGCCAAGCUGGUGAAGGGUGCGCGGCGUUGGGCGAAUCGGGGGGGUGGGACGGUAGGCACGGCCACGGAUAUGGCCGCCUAGAUGGUGAGAUACCCAUCUUGCAUGACUGUGCGUGUACAGAACAGUACGUACCGGGAUAGGGGCGUUGGUUACUCAGGUCAGUGAUUCUGUGUACUUGUGUUAGGUUACUUGGGUUUCUACGUUCUGGGAACUUCAAGCUGUUAGUUAUUUACCUGUUAGGGAUACACAAGAACAGAUAUAUACUAUACUUACUAAGGUCGAC